UAAGCUUGACUUUAAUUUAAAUAUCGUUAAAUUUUCAACACUAAACGAUCCAUAAUCAAGGUAUUUUCAACACUGGCCGUCAGAGCCGGUGUUACUUCAUUGAUUAACGAUAAACCAUUAAAUAAUUUAAAACGGCUCCAUGAUUGGCUUACAACUCUUCAUAAUCCCACUUAGUCUGGUGGUCUUGCUCCAUUGUGGGGUUUCCGAAAAUCUCCCCAAUAUCGUGCUCAUCCUCACCGACGACCAGGAUGUGGAGCUGUACGGGAUGCAUCCGAUGGUUAAAACCAUACAAAAGAUCGGUCUCGAAGGUGCAGCUUUUUAUCAUGCCUACACACCUACGCCCAUUUGCUGUCCGGCCCGGGCCAGCCUCCUGACCGGAAUGUACGCCCAUAAUCAUGGAACCCGGAACAAUUCCGUCAGUGGAGGCUGUUAUGGCUCGCGCUGGCGUGAGUCCUUGGAGCCGAGAACAUUGGCGAUGCACCUGCAGCGUCGGGGCUAUACCACAUUCUUUGCCGGAAAGUACUUGAAUCAAUAUUCUGGAUUAGAGACGCCUGUGGGAUGGAAUUCUUUCUAUGGCCUACAGGGAAACUCACGCUACUACAACUAUACACUGCGCGAAAAUAAGAACAAUGUUCACUACAAAGAAGUCUACCUAACGGAUAAGUUACGAGAUCUGACCGUUGAUUUUCUAGAAAGUGUUUCCCAAUCUGCGAAUAAAUCCAAAGAGGUUGAGAGACCGUUUUUUGCUAUGAUAACUCCACCGGCGGCGCAUGCUCCAUUCACACCAGCUCCGCGUCACGACGGGGUUUUCAACAAAAUAAAGGCUCUACGAACUCCCAGCUUUAAUAAGCCAGUGGAUGAUAAACACUGGUUGGUGCGAUCAUCCUGGCCCCUGCAGGACAAGACCAUCGACACCAUUGACUCCUACUAUCGCAAGCGUUGGGAAACGCUCCUAGCUGUUGAUGAACUGGUGGAGAAGGUGGUGACCAAACUAAACCAGACAGGCGUCUUGGACAACACGUACGUCAUCUUCUCAUCGGACAAUGGCUACCAUGUGGGGCAGUUUGCACAGCCAUUCGACAAACGUCAGCCGUACGAAACGGAUAUUCACAUACCAUUGCUAAUUCGUGGACCUGGAAUCGCUCCCGGUAGACGCAUUGAUAGUGCCGUCAGUCUAGUGGACAUUGCGCCCACCAUUCUGUCCUGGGCUAAUGUAUCUAUUCCAUCGUAUAUGGAUGGCCACACCUUCCACGAGAUGCUCAUGGAAGGUCCUGCCCAGAAGGUGCCGCUGGUGGAGCGCUCCUUACUAAUCGAAUACUGGGGUGAGGGUAACUUUAGAACCUACAAUCCAAAAUGCCCUGGAUCUUACAGAGAUCGCUUGGCGGAGUGCACCCUGGAGGCGGAUUGCCAUUGCCAGGAUGCGUGGAACAAUACGUACGCUUGUAUUCGGGAAGUUCGCUACGAGUUGAAUCGUAUUUACUGCGAAUUUCGGGAUAACGAGAACUUUCAAGAGGCCUAUGAUCUCGACCUGGACAGUUACCAAAUGACGAACGGUGUCUAUGAUUUGCUGCCAAUUGAUAGAGCCUUGCUGGGAUUGAGGCUCAAUAAUCUGACUCGCUGCUCCGGCCAGGAGUGCUUUGUUUGAAGCUCUGAGGAUGCUAUUACGUGCAAGCAAAACCAAAACUAUACUCUUAGUUUUUCUAUGGAAUUUAUUACAUUUAGACUUUAUGUGAUUUAAGUAGCUAUGAACGUAGUAUGUAUUUACACAAUCUUUAUAGUCUAGACACCUUGUUUUUUCAACCGAUUCUAUCAACCGGAGUACUAUAAAGAAGAAAAAAAAGAG